AUGAUCGUCCCGGCACCGGGACAAAAAAAAGCCGGCGGGGGGUUAAUAGUUAACUUCGGAGUAGAAAGUUCCCAGGGAAAUGGGGAGGUGGAGGAGCACAGCGAGCCCCGGCCGCACCCCGGGCCGCGGUACUCCCGGGGCAGCUCUCAGCCCCUCCGCCGCAGGCUCGGGGCUCCGCUGCCUCCGCGUUUGGGGAAAGCAAUCGGGACCGGGUGUUUUAAGGAAUACGCUCCCGGUGGGGCUGGGGGAUGCAGGAGGGAGGCAGGCUCUUUCCCCAUAGACCGAGACAGAAAGUGGCUGCAACAGGUUCACUUCCCGUUUCCACCGCGGGCCCCUCGGUGCAGGGCGAGCAGCGACCCUGGGCUCCGCACACCGCCCGCACAGCAAGUGCCUCCCACCGGGCCGCGGGCAGCGGGUUCGCCCCUCCGCGCCCGGGGGCGCGACAGUUCCUGCCCUCCUGCCCCGGGGGUCCCGCGGCUGCCGGCGGGAAGAGCAACAGUUCCCCGGCACGUCGGGGGAGGGGAAGGAACCGUUCUUGGCCCGGGACGCGGCGUCCCCGGGCCGGGCCGGGGAGGGAGAAGCCGGCCCCGCGGGCAGGCCGCCGGGCUCCGCAGCUCUCACCGGGCGGGGGCUGGGGAACGGCUACAGGAACAACAAAAGAGAGACCUCAAGGUGCGCAGGGCUGAGGAAGCGAAGUGGCUCUCCCUUCCCAGGCAGCCUGUCCUCACACGCCGCCUCCACGUCGGUGGAAAACUCCAAACCUCGGUGGAAAACUCCGAUACUCCGGGCACUAAUAAUGAUAAGAGGAACAAUAAUGACAACAGUGAUAAUGCGUUGCCGUAUAUUAAAAUCUAGGAAACGAAUGACCUCCUACACCCGGUGCUUCCCCGGUCACCCCAUCUCUGGGACUCGCUGAGUUUUCAGAGUGUUUCGGGGGCCGGGGCAGGUUUGGGAAAGCAAUAUUGACUGGAAGAGUAAAAGCCGGGGGAGAUGUAA